CGAUGGUCACGAUACGUUUAUUAUUGGCCAGUUCGGAUCGAUCCCCAUGUUGAAAGGAAUUACGGGAUUCAUUUUGUUAUUACGGAAAAGUUAAGAAAUAAAAAAUUUAUUGUUACUACGGUAACAGUAUACGAAAGCGAACCUGUAACUGUG